GGUGGUGCUGCAGAGUCGUCGCGCCAGGGUUGGUGGGCGCUGUGAGGUCCGAGCCAGAGGCCGGGAGGUGUCGCCGCGGCUUGGGGGAAGGACUGGGAGUGAAACUAUGUAUAACCUUCCGAGAGACGCCCUUCGCCCCCUCUGACGUCCCUAUGGCUCUGUAUGAUGAAGAUCUCCUGAAGAACCCUUUCUACCUGGCUCUUCAGAAGUGGCGUCCGGACUUGUGCCACAGGGUGGCUCAAAUCCAUGGCAUCGUCCUGGUUCCCUGCCAGGGAAGCCUGCCGAGCAGCGUCCAGUCCACCUACCACUUCGAGUCCUAUCUCUUGGCCCCCGGGGAGGAGCACUUCCAGACCUUCAGUGGAAAGGAGGUCUCCAUCCAGGGCAACAGGGUCAAGCUCGGCGCCGGCUUUGCCAGUCCACUCUCGGUGCCCAUUCUCUUUGAGGAGACCUUCUACAACGAGAAGGAGGAGAGCUUCAGCAUCCUGUGCAUCGCCCACCCGCUGGAGAAGAGAGAGAGUGCAGAAGAGCCCUCGGCAGCUUCGGAUCCCUUCUCCCUGAAGACCAUCGAAGACGUGAGGGAGUUCUUGGGGAGACACUCGGAGCGCUUUGACCGGAGCAUCGCCUCCUUCCAGCGCGCGUUCCGGGAGUGCGAGCGGAAGAGCCUGCGUCACCACAUAGACUCAGUGAAUGCCCUCUACACCAAAUGUCUGCAGCAGCUGCUCCGGGACUCCCACCUGAAGGUGCUCGCCAAGCAGGAGGCCCACAUGGCCCUGAUGAAGCAGGCCGUGGAGAUGUAUGUCCAUCACGACAUCUACGAUCUCAUCUUCAAAUACGUGGGGACCAUGGAGGCCAGCGAGGAUGCUGCCUUCAACAAGAUCACGAGAAGCCUCCAGGACCUGCAGCAGCGGGAGAUCGGCGUGAAGCCCGAGUUCAGUUUCAACAUACCCCGGGCGAAGAGGGAACUGGCCCAGCUGAACAAAUGCACGUCCCCGCAGCAGAAGCUGGUGUGUUUGCGGAAGGUGGUGCAGCUGAUCACACAGUCUCCGAGCCAGAGAGUUAGCCUGGAGACCAUGUGUGCCGACGACCUGCUCUCCGUCCUGUUGUACCUGCUUGUGAAAACAGAGAUCCCGAAUUGGAUGGCAAAUUUGAGUUAUAUCAAAAACUUUAGAUUUAGCAGCUCCGCCAAAGACGAGUUGGGAUACUGCCUGACCUCGGUGGAGGCUGCCAUUGAAUAUAUCCGCCAAGGAAGCCUCUCCGUCAGACCUCCGGAGUCAGAGGGGUUUGGGGACAGGGUGUCCCUCAAGCAGAGAAUGAGCCUGCUCUCUCAGAUGGCGGCCACCCCCAUCGACUGUCUGUUCAAGCACAUUGCAGCGGGGGAUCAGAAGGAAGUGGAGCGACUUCUGAGCCAGGAGGACCAGGACAGAGACACGGCCCAGAAAAUGUGCCACCCGCUGUGCUUCUGCGACGACUGUGAGAGGCUGGUGUCCGGGAGGCUGAACGACCCCUCCGUCGUCACUCCGUUCUCCAGGGAUGACCGGGGUCAUACGCCACUGCACGUGGCCGCCCUCUGUGGGCAGGCGGCCCUCAUCGACCUGCUGGUGUCCAGGGGUGCCGUGGUCAACGCCACCGACUACCACGGGGCCACGCCACUCCAUCUCGCCUGCCAGAAGGGCCACCAGAGCGUGACGCUUCUGCUGCUGCACUACAAGGCGGGGCCCGAGGUGCCCGACAACAACGGUAACACCCCCCUGCACCUGGCCUGCACCUACGGGCACGAAGACUGCGUGAAGGCUUUGGUGUACUACGACGUGGCGUCAUGCAGGCUGGACAUCGGCAACGAGAAGGGAGACACCCCCCUGCACAUCGCGGCGCGCUGGGGCUACCACGGCAUCAUCGAGACGCUGCUGCAGAACGGCGCGCCCACCGACGUGCAGAACAGGCUCAAAGAAAGCCCGCUCACCUGCGCGCUGAACUCAAAGAUUCUGGCGCUGAUGGAGGCCCGGCGCCCAGCCCUGGAGAAGAGGCCGGCAUCUUCCGAGGUCCCUGCACAGCCCACCACGCUGCCCUCUGCGGACUCCCUCAGCCAGGGCUCCUCCACCUCCAGCUUCUCCUCCACGUCCUCCAGCUCCAGGCAGGACGAGCCCAGGAAGGACUACCGGGAGGUAGAAAAGCUUUUAAGGGCAGUUGCUGAUGGAGACCUAGAAAUGGUCCGUUACCUUUUGGAGUGGACGGAGGAAGACCUGGAGGAGGCGGAGGAUGAUGUCGGCAGUGCAGGCCUGGACCUGUGUCACCCCCUGUGCCAGUGCCCCAGAUGUGCCCCCUUUCAAAAGAAGCUGGCAAAGAUUCCUGCCAGCGGACUGGGUGUGAAUGUGACCAACCAGGACGGCUCCUCCCCACUGCAUGUGGCCGCCCUGCACGGCCGGGCCGACCUCGUCCCCCUCCUGCUGAAGCAUGGUGCCUGCGUGGGCGCCAGGAACGCCAGCCAGGCCGUCCCGCUCCACCUGGCCAGCCAGAAGGGCCAUUUCCAGGUGGUGAAGUGUCUCCUAGAGGCUCACGCCAAGCCCAAUAAGAAGGACCUCAGCGGAAACACCCCCCUCAUUUACGCCUGCUCCGGUGGCCACCACGAAGUGGCCGCGCUGUUGCUGCAGCACGGGGCCUCCAUCAACGCCACCAACGACAAGGGCAACACGGCGCUGCACGCGGCCGUGCUGGAGAAGCGGGUCCUGGUGGUGGAGCUGCUCCUGCUGCACGGGGCGUCCGUCCAGGUGCUGAACAAGAGGCAGCGCACGGCCCUGGACUGCGCCGAGCAGAAUUCAAAAAUAAUGGAGUUACUUCAGGUCGUACCAAGCUGUGUGGCCACGUUAGAUGAUGUCGGUGAAACUGACCCCAAGGACUACGUUACAGUUAAGAUCAGGAAAAAAUGGAACUCAAAAAUGUACGAUCUCCCCGAUGAACCUUUUACAAGACAAUUUUACUUUGUUCACCCGGCUGGUCAGUUGAAUUUCAGGGCAAAGAGUUCAAGAGAGAUCAUGACAAGAGAUAGAAGUGUCCCAAAUUUUACCGAGGAUUCUUUGCAUGAGGCGGGGCUUCCAAGAGGUCCAGUGAAACAAAAGAACCCGCCGGACCAGAGCCGAGCGCCGACCACCGAGCAGGGCAGUGGCAGCACAGAGGUGAAACACGGCACCCCCAGAAACAGGCGCAUGCUCCGGAGACACACACUCAACGAGGCUGUCGCCAAGGGCCUGCCGGGUGCCCGGGAGGCCAGCGCGUCCCAGUCUUAGCAGUGAGACAGAGUAACUUCUGCUGCUGAGAAGAGUCCUCCACAAAAUGUGAGCACGAGCACAGCUUAGGAAGUAACAGUUUUCAGAUAACUGGCUCGAGAGACGAAGAGAAAGUUCCCGAAAGCUUUUCUGUGCCCAGGGGAAGCAGUGCAAUGAUGGCUACACUUGGAGAGGAAAUGGGCAGAAAUCCCAGGGCUCUCCAUGCCCUGCCGACGGACCGGUUCCCGUUAAGCAUCCGGCUCUUCCUCUCCAGAUCCUGACCUCCUCCUGUAAGGUGCUAGCCUUCUGUGAUGUGGGCAAGUUAGCAAAUCACAAGCAAAAAAAAAAAAAAAAAAAUUCCCCCAUCUGGGAUCAGCUGAAGCCAAGCCACUGAGGUUUCCUAGUAUGGUGGAGGCCGGGCGGAAGUGUCACAGUGAAAUGAGGAAGACAGGACCCAGACAAUGUUCCUUUACAAAGCAGCACUUGAACCCAAAGAUGCCUAAAAGCCAUUUUAAAUGUUCACUUUGGAGCCAAGGACAGGUUCGGCCUGUUCUACUCCAUGUAUGUGGGAAUAAUUAGGAUAAUCUCUUCCAACGAAUGAGAUGUUUGUCACUGCACAUGUACCAGCUGCAGUGUCUCUAGAAAUGUCCUUUCCCAUUAAGGAUCUCCCUAAAACGUCACCCCUGGUGGAUGGUUACUGAACUCGAGUAGGUCUGGCACAUCUUUUCUUAGUCUCUUGAUUCCGAUUCAACACAGCACAAAACCAGGUCAGAUUAAGUUGAAAUUUAUUGCCAUUUAUUCCUUUUUAUAAAUUUCUACAGAUUAAACUCUUAUUUUUUUACGUUAUUAAUUGGCCUAGAGCUGCGAACAAGGGUUUGUCUGAGUACAUUUCCCAAUAACUUUGUAAUAGGGCGAUGGUUUUGUGCAUGUUUAUGGAAAUAACUUGUCGUAUGUACAGAUGGGAGGGGCUCAUUAUUUUUCUAUGAAGUAAUUUAUGAUUUCUAAUUUUCUAACGUGCCUUGGAUAUGUGCCAAAUGAUGGAAAAAGAAACAGUAAACUUUAUGAUUCUUCA